AUGAAUCAUCUGUCGUCUUCUGGUGGAAUCGACCUUCAAAUCUCUUCAUCAGACACCUUUUACCUCAAAAUAGAAGUGAGCUCAGCAAUUACCGGAUACUUGCAUUGUUUGCUGGCUUACUGGUUCAUAAUUGGCUCUCCGUUCUCCCUCUGCCCUUCAAUCCGAGUGGCCGGUCGGGCAGGGGUCGGAUUUGGGGUCCUUUCGUUGGCCACCUCCUCUCCGUCCGGACUGGGCCAAUCACUGGUUGGCGGCCAGAAGAAUUUUCGCCCUCCGGCUCGCCACGGCCUGUUCGUGCGCCCGAGGCGAGGCCAACGCCAGCACGAGUCCGAAUCGACGUCGAUGACCCGGGUUUCAAAACCAGCAGACCAUUGCCAACAGUUGAGUAGAUCGGAGGCCGAUUUUAUCUGA